AUGGACAUCGAUACCCAGCAUACCGGAACUCAUGCCGUCGCAGCAGGGAAUGAGGAUAGCUGGGAAUAUGUUGCUUCCGCAGGGCAUUUGCCCAACGAGUUGCCUCGUCCACCAAGAUUCGACAUCCACGGCUGGUUCACGGACAUAUUUUCGCCACCGCCGAGGCGCCCCGCGCACUCCAUCCUGAUGGAUUCCGAACUGUGGACGGAGGAGAUGGAUGCGGAGGUUGACGAGCUGAUGAAUUCCGCGGCCGCGAUGGCGCUGGUGCAGAAGACGACUCUCAUCGCGCGUGAAGAGAUGUUGGAGUACGUUGCCGUCAAAUUUCUCAAAGCAUCAGGCCAAGAGGUUCGGGAGGCGAUGGAGAAGAGAAGGGAGUCGCUUUACCAGACGGACCUGGCGAGGUGGAAGAGCGAGUUGCUUGAGGCCCACCCUAGAGCCGAAGAUGCCGAAGAGUUUGCGGCCGACCUGAUGCCGACUUUGACAAUGAUAGCCGAUUUAAUCGCGCAAAAAUGCUCGGGAGUAUGCGUUUUCUAUUACACGGGCCCAGAUGAGGUAUACUGUGCCGAGGGUGUUUGUGACCUGCCCGGGAGGGUGGUCAAAAGUUUCUGCCAUAUGAAUAGGGCCUCGCAUCUUGGCCUUGCGUCGCAGAUCAAGACAUAUUCGGGAUUGAUAAACGGUUGUAAGUGGGGCAACUCCAAGGACGGUCACCCGGCGGACGAAUCGGCAUCCGACCACGAGGCGAUGAUUAUAGACGAGACAGAGGUGCUGAACGUUGGCGAGGAAGGGUUUGAGGGUGGGGGGAUGCCGAGGGAGAAAUGGCGUAUUGCCAGAAUCGGCGGCGCGAUGACGGAGAUCGAGGGAUCGGCUACCGCAUACGCUGUUGUUGCCCGGCGCUACGACGAGAUUUGCCAGACGUCAUGUGCCGUCCUAGAGAAACGUAAGGAAUGGUUUGCAUUGUUAAAGAUGACGCCGUACCUCGUUGCUGUGCCGAAGAGACUGCAUGGUGGAGUGGACGUCGAUCUGGCAUGUCGGGUUGCCCAGGCCUAUCUGAACUUCGAGAUGAGUAAUGCGGAGGAAGGCGCCAUCACGAUGAAAACAGUUGGCGACGUCGGGCAGCGGCCUGAGUACACUUCGAACCUCAUAGGCAAAAGGUCGCGUGUGAUGUGGAGAAAGCGAGCGGAGCUGGGCGAGGACCGCAACAGAAAGCUAGAUCACGACGUGGCCGAGUAUUUGCCACGUCAAUGGGCCGCGCAGCAACCCAGCGAACGUCGUAGAGAUGGGGAGAUGCUGACUAUAGGCGCGAAAGACACAGUGGACUGGGACGCGCAUCUUCCGGCCGGAGCUGACGGCGUCCGUGUCCUGGUGGUGACGCUUCUGACGUGGGGGUGGGAUAUCAGACAGAAUGAGCGGCAGAGUGAGGUGGUGGUCUGGGAGAGCUUGGCGCGAGAUUACGCUGAGGUUUUGGACGUAUUGACGAAGCAGGCGGGGAACUUCGAAGCGCCGCCGAAGUUGGACAGCGGCCGCGCGGCAGGCAAACGGCCAACUGAGAAGAUGAAGUCUUAUGCGGAGACCUUGAAGCCUAGAGAUAAAGAUGGUUACGAGUAG